AUGUUCCUAAAAGCCCUGAACAUCAAGACACUUUAUAUCCCCCCCGGUUCGACGCAAGAUGAAAUCAGCGAGGUCGUUAACCGCUGGAACGACCCUCAGGACGCCCACGAGGUGAUCGUGUUAUCCUCUCGGACCGCCGCCUUGGGGCCUAACCUCCACAAGGCGUGCCAUCGCCUCGUGGUGUACAGCAUGCCGGAGAACAUUAAUCUGUUGAACCAGAUCAUUGGCCGUGUCCACCGUCUGGGGCAGACGAGGGACCAGUACAUCUGGCUGCUCUCGCAAGAUGCCAGCUACGAUCAGAUUCUACACGCCAAAGCCAUCAACAAAUUCUUGGUGCAAGUCCUCGGCGACUCCAAGAUUGAAUCUUUCAUGACCGACCCGGAGACCAAGAGUUCGGUGCUCGCCGCCGCCUACAAGGCUCAACUCGAUCGAGGUCAGGCCCACCGUGUCAAGGACAACGAUCUUGCACCAUUGAGGGACACACAACUGCUUCUCUUUGGUCUCGACAAAGAGGGGACCAAGGAGGGGAAAGAUCAACUAUUAGCACCAUUCUCAACAUUGCCGCUUCAAUGA